AUGAAUAUUCUUGCCUGGAAUGUGAGAGGGCUAGGCUCAGCCUCAAAGAGAGCCACCAUAAAAGACACGAUCACGUCUUUAUGUCCUGAUAUUGUUAUUCUUUCUGAAACAAAAUCAUCUUCUAUCAACAACAAAUUUAUUAAAUCUCUGUGGAGCUCCAUUAGCAUAGCUUGGGCUUCUCUCGAUGCCUCAGGUGCUUCAGGCGGUAUUAUUCUCCUUUGGGAUCAGCUCUCUACUUCGGCUGUUGAGGUUAUCUGUGGGCACUUCUCUAUAUCUGUUCAUUUUAAGUUGGCUGAUAACUUCACAUGGUGGCUUACAGGUGUCUACAGCCCUGUAAAACAAAAGAAGAGGAAACUUUUUUGGCAGGAGCUCUUUGACCUUAACGGGCUCUGUGGACCUAUAUGGCUUUUAGGAGAAGACUUCAAUAUAUAUAGAUGGAGCCACGAAACUUCUUCAGCAAAUCCUCCACAAACUGGUAUGAACAAAUUUAACCAUUUUAUUGAUUUUGCAGGGCUUAUAGACCCUUUUAUGAACAAUGGCCAAUACACAUGGUCGAACUUGAGACCUCACAUAGUGCUCUCCAGAAUCAAUCGCUUCCUAUACUCCAAAGGUUGGAGUGAUAAGUUUUCUCAUCAUCACAUUAAGAGGCUGCCUAGAGCUUGUUCUGAUCACUACCCCAUCCUAUUGGAGCCGCCCAAUCAACAAUGGGGUCAUUGCCCGUUCCGCUUGGAAAAUCUAUGGCUUCAAGACAAACAUUUUCAGCAGCACAUUGAAGCAAUCUGGUCCUCUGGUUCGUCCGAUGGUUAUCUGGGGUAUGCUUUAAUUAAAAAGCUCAACACUUUAGCCCAAGAUAUUAAGCGAUUGAGAAAGAAUUUUGGACCAAAUAUCCCAAGAGAGAAAGCCAAAAUUAUGGAGAAAAUUCUUUCAAUUGAUAAACAGGAAGAGACUGGCUUCAUUGAUAAAACAGAUUGCCACCUUUGA